AUGAUAGCGACUCUUGGAUGGCUGCUGCUGGCUCAGCGAGUCGAAGGCAAUUACAAUGCGGCCGCGGCGGCCGCCGAGGAGUCCAUCGCAAUGAACUUCGUGCAAAGAAAAGUACUUCCACGAUUUGCUGAACUACCGAUGCUUUCCGCCAGCCGUAAUCAGAAGUCUAAACCUUGGCACCUCCACAACUACAUGGGCUUCUGCCACCAUAAGGCUGGUGUCUAUCUCUUGAGUGAGCUGUGGAUUUUGAGCUUUAUGGCCCUUGGAGCAAAGAAAAGCGAUAUGGGAAUGUGGAUGCAACCCUGUUACACCCCUGAGGCUUGCCACACACCAGAGGCACCAAUCCAAUUCUGGGUAGACAUGUACUCCGCGGAAGAAGCUCAAAGAACACGGGAAGCUGCAGGAAAGAAGGGCCUCCGUGUCGUGGGAAUUGUGCGAGAUCCCAUUUCCAUGAUUGCCUCUGCAUAUUGCUAUCACCAUCGCGGAAAGGAGAUGAACAAUUUCUUCUUUUUUCCAGCGAGACUGCUGUUGCUUCUGGGUCCCAAAGAAGGACUCAAAUUCGUCGCGGAGCGGAUGCUACCAAUGAUGGAAAACCUGACGAGCGUCUUCGAGCACCAAUCCAACGACACCUUCCGCCUCGACUACGAGAAAGUCGUAGGCUCUUCCGAGACUUUCGACCAACAGGUGGGCCUGAUGAUUGACUUUAUGUUUGGGGACGAGAUAGACAAGGAAGAGCGCCGCAAUGUCUUCAAUGCGACGCAGUGGGCGGACCUGCAUCGCCACCCACGUGCAGAUGACCACGGCAAUGACGACGCCUGUGAGGAAGAAGUACGGCAAUAUGUGCCCACACUCCCACCAGACCUGCUAUCACGGUACCGCUCGUACCAGCAGCGGCUAGGGUACGCAACUGCAUAG